AUAUGUUUUGGGAAAUAGAUGGUGGUAAAAAAAAUUGUAAGUGGUAAUUUCUAAAACGACUAUAAUUGUUUAUGGUUAUUGUAAAAUAAAAUAAAAUAAAAUAAAUAAAUAAAUACUUAUACUAGUAGAUAGUUUCUCAAUUCUUGUCAUCUAUCUCAAAAGAUCUUAUGGUGAAGCAAAUGCACACAAGUGCACAAUCACUGAAAAACUACUCCCAAUCUUCUUUUAAUGGUGACCUCUUCUCUCUUUCUGUUAUCUUCUUUCUUUCUCACAUUCAUCCCUUUUCAAACCGCUAAUUUAAUUAUCCAAUUCACUCAAUUUCCCACAAAACUUUAGCCCCUUUUAUCUUCUUCAUUCUCUUCCAUUUCCAUUAAAAUAAAGCUUCAAUCUUUACAUGUUUAGCUCCAAUGGAAGGCACCAUUUUCCCCAACAAACCAACAUUACCAAUUCAACAAGCAAAACCAAAACCAAUUCACCCACAAAAUCAUCAACAACAACAACCAAACAUAGCCUUGAAAUUUAGCUCUGCUACUUUACCUCUUCCUCCUCAAUCCCAUAACCCUCCUCCUUCUUUAGCCAUUGAUUCUCUUCUUCAACACCUUCUUCAUCUUUCUUCUACUCCAACCAAUACCCAUUUCUCUAAAUUCACCAAUUCCAAUACUACCCUUUUGCCUUCUUUGCCACUUUCAUCUCUAAACUCCUUCAAUCAUAAUGGUUUUCAUUGCAUAGACUCGAAUUCCGCCACUCGAAUGGUGGCGGAUGAAGUGGGCAGGAAUAGUGUUGCUUCACUCGAUUUCUUGUCUGAUAAGGGUAAGUUGUUAUUGAAUUCUAUGUUGGGAAUACCCUUGUGUAAUUUGAUUGAUUUCUUUGAUUCUGUGAAAUUUGAUUUGUUAGAAGCUGAUUUAAUCAGUUUAUUGAAGGGGUUAGAUGUUUUGGGGAAUUGGGAAAAGGCUGUUUUGUUGUUUGAAUGGGGUUUGAUGAAUGUUAGGUUACAAGAUAAGAAGAUGAAUUAUCAGGUUGUUGAAUUAAUGGCUAGGAUUUUAGGUAGAGAAUCACAGCAUACUGUUGCAGUUAAACUGUUUGAUGUUAUUCCUCUUGAAGAAUAUACAUUAGAUGUUCGAGCUUAUACCUCGAUUCUUCAUGCUUAUGCUCGAACGGGCAAGUAUAAGAAGGCGGUUUCGAUUUUCGAGAACAUGAAGGAGAAGGGUCUAGUUCCAACUUUGGUGACUUAUAAUGUAAUGCUAGAUGUUUAUGGAAAGAUGGGUAGGUCUUGGGAUAAGAUUUUGUGUCUUUUAGGAGAGAUUAAGAGUAAAGGGCUUAAAUUCGACGAGUUCACUUGUAGUACUGUGAUUUCUGCUUGUGGUAGGGAGGGGUUGUUAGAUGAAGCAAGGAAUUUCUUUGCUCAAUUGAAAUCACAGGGUUAUAAACCAGGAACUGUUACUUAUAACUCUCUGCUUCAAGUGUUUGGGAAAGCCGGAGUUUACUCUGAGGCUUUGAAUAUCUUGAAAGAAAUGGAGGAGAGUGGCUGUCCUCCUGACUCUGUAACUUAUAAUGAGCUUGUUGCUACUUAUGUGAGGGCGGGGUUUCUUGAAGAAGGAGCUGCUGUGAUAGAUACAAUGACUCGUAAAGGGAUAAUGCCGAAUGCAAUUACUUAUACCACUGUGGUUGAUGCAUAUGGGAAAGCUGGAAAGGUUGAUGAGGCUUUGGCUUUGUUCAAUUAUAUGAAGGUUUCUGGUUGUGUUCCUAAUGUUUGUACCUACAAUUCUAUCCUCGGGAUGCUAGGAAAGAAGUCAAGAUCAGAAGAGAUGAUAGAGAUAUUGUUUGACAUGAAGGUAACUGGGUGCUCCCCUAAUCGAAUCACAUGGAACACGAUGCUCGCAAUGUGUGGUAGUACUGGCAAGGAGAAGUUUGUGAACCGGGUUUUCCAGGAGAUGAAGCGAAGUGGUUUUGAGCCUGACAGAGACACGUUCAACACUUUGAUCAGUGCAUAUGGUCGGUGUGGUUCACGAAUUAAUGCUACCAAGAUAUUUGAGGAGAUGAUGGAAGCAGGAUUUAGCCCAUGUGUCACAACAUACAAUGCUUUUUUGAAUGCGUUGGCUAGAAAGGGAGAUUGGCAAGCAGCAGAAUCAAUCAUGCUUGAUAUGAAGAACAAGGGAUUUAAGCCUAAUAACACCUCUUACUCCUCAAUGAUUCAAUGUUAUGCGAAGGGAGGGAACAUGAAGGGCAUACAAAGAAUUGAAACGGAGAUAUAUCAAGGCCAAAUUUUUCCCAGCUGGAUGCUUCUAAGGACCCUUGUCCUUGCAAAUUUCAAAUGUAGAGCACUGUCAGGUAUGGAAAGGGCAUUCAAGGAGUUGCAGAAAAGUGGGUAUAAGCCCGAUUUAGUUGUAUUCAAUUCAAUGCUCUCGAUUUAUGCGAGGAACAAAAUGUAUGACCGUGCUCAAGAAAUUAUGCACUUGAUUCAAGAGAAUGGAUUGCAGCCUGAUCUAAUAACUUACAAUAGCUUGAUGGAUAUGUAUGCAAGAGCCGGGGAAUGUUGGAAGGCAGAAGAGGUAUUGCGAAACCUGCUGAAAAGCGGUGGAAAACCUGAUCUUGUGUCUUAUAACACGGUCAUCAAAGCAUUUUGCAGGCAAGGGUUGAUGCAGGAGGCAAUAAAGAUUAUGUCAGAAAUGACAACAAGAGGUAUACGUCCAUGCAUAGUCACCUAUAACACUUUCGUGGCUGGUUAUGCAGGGCGAGGGAUGUUUUCAGAGAUCGAUGAAGUUAUAAGCUAUAUGAUGCAGCAUGAUUGUUGGCCUAAUGAGCUGACUUAUAAGAUUAUUGUAGAUGGUUAUUGUAAAGCAAACAAAUAUAGAGAAGCUUUUGAUUUUGUUUCCAGAAUCAAGGAGAAGGAUAACUCUUUUGAUGAUCAAUCUUUGCAUCGGCUCAUAUCUCGCAUUAGGCAGGACGAGGAACUGUAACUUCCUGAUGUAAUUUUGUAUAAUAGGGAAUUUCAGAUGUCCCGUCUCUCAGUUUUGCUAUCUUUUUGUUUAGCCACUGUAAUUCAAGUGAGAUUCAUGAUAUUUUUUAAUAACAUGAUGAAAAAUUCUUUUAUAAGAAAUUAUACUUGAAUGUUACUGGUUGGUUCUCUUCUUCGGAAUUAAGCUCA